AUGCGCCUUCCUGCGAACCACCCCGGGAGCGCCGUCACUCUUGAUCUUGACGAUACAAACUUCAAUCAGCCUCCCGAUAUGGCCAAGCUUCGGGCUGCUCCUGGCUCAACUUCAAAGCCGCGUCUCAUAUCGCAAGAGCAUCCAGAUCGGACGCCUUUGGCUGGUGCCAGCAACCGCUUCAAGAGCAAGCUCGCGAGUGUGUCCUCGAGUACACCAAAACAACGGACUGGCAAAGAAACGGCAGUGGGACCGUCUCAAUCAACUGGCAAGAACCAUCUACCGCAAGGGAGAAUGCAAUUGGAGGAUUGGGACAUGGAUGAUGUCGAUGCCAUUGAUCUGACUGGAGAUUCCGAUGGACGGAAUGCCUCCAGCCCAAGCCUACAUGUCCCCGCCCCAACAUCCCGGAAGAGGAAGAGUGACCAGUUCCAAACUCCCUUGGAGGACAGUCCGGCUCCUCGAAGACCAAGGGUCAGCACUGGGCCUGCUGCAGGGCCGGAUGGGUUUGCACCCAUCGAGGAUUUCGAGGAUCCUCCACCUCCAUAUUCCACGGUGGCGCAAAGACCAGUUGCGUCUUCAUCAGCAGUCAGGCCGGGGCUGGAGGAUGAAUUUGGAGAUUCCAAUGAGACCUCUGCUGAUGACGAGGGCCGCCUACGUGUUUCAGAGAGUCCCGUCAAGUCUGUGCCCAGGAAACGAAAGUCUCUCAGCCGUGUUCCCUCUGAAACCAAUGAAAACUUCUUUGGAACCGUCACUCUCCGCAAAGCAUCUCGUUCUCCAAAGAAAGUCGACUGGCCCGCUCGAGACCAGUCGUCCGAAGAGUUCAAAGGGAGUCCUGUUAAGUUAUCCCAUCAAAGCAAGCGGCGUAUCAUAGCCGACUCAGAAGACGAAGAUGACUUUGAUAUCGACGACCAACCCGGACAAUCCAACCUUCGCAUCUCGUCAUCCGCAGCGAGACAGCCAGGAUCGCAGGGCUCUGCCAAACCGUCCAGUUCGAAGCCAGCGACCGUAGACAAAUCCAGAGAUUUUCGAUGGCAUGAGUGUAGGGAUAGCGCACCGCCACUCGCCAGCGAAAGGCAGCAAUUGCACAGGUCCACGGAGAAGAAAGCCCCGUCAACCUCGUCGAAGAUGAAUGGCGCAAGUGCUGCGCUUGAAACCGUCUUGGCGACUCCCAGCUCGUGCCAGGCCUCUCCAUCCCAUUUAUCGAAAGAAGAGCGCUCGGUGAUCUCAAAUUUUGGAGCUUGGCCUGAGACAUACCUGCAAAGCGUCUGCCGAGAACUCGAGGCCGAGGUACUCCGCCUCAAAAGAGCGCAAACUGAGUAUUUGGAAGAGUUCGAGAUCCCGUCCAGAGAUCUCAUCGAACAGUCAAAAAGUGCUUUGAAGCGCAAAGGAAUCAUCGAAAACCUUAUCGAGAACCGGCACCAGCUCGAAAAGGCCAUUUCGAAGAAGACGGAGCUCUCCAAUAGGAUACUCAGUCUGAUGGACACCGAGUACAGCACAGACUUGACAGAGUUGGACGGGACCACUGCUGAAAUCAAGCGUACUGGCGAGCAAAUCAGGAACAUCGAAGUUGAGAUGAUCCGACUGAUGAGAGCUGCCGGAUUUGUUGAUGGAGAAGGCGAGUCAGCACGGCUGCGCGAGCGUCCACAGUUCGCGUCCGCUGAUGUAGUGAUUCGCUCUACGCAACUGCCCACUGACAAGUGUCGACCGCAUGAAACCACGGGUGUAGCGCCCACGCAAAGAAUCCAACAGACCCAACUUCCGGCCAAAAGUCCGAAGGCAACUUCAACGGUAGAGAUAUCGCUCCACGAUCCAAACAAUGCCUCUCCAAGGGAUUUUGAUGAUUUUGACGAUGAAGAUUUUGAAAACGAGCUAAAUAACACGUCCUUUCACGAUGCGACCACUGGAACACCAGAGAGACGACCAACAAAAGACUUCAAUUCGGGGCUGUCAUUUGGCAAUGUCCAACAUGGCUUUUCUGAACGACCCUUUUUCGCAGACGAGAACGAUUUCGAUGACGAAGAUGCUGGGGGUGGCACAAACAUGGGGACGCCGCCAGCUCAAGCGUUUGAUGACGAAGAAGACUACGGAGACUUUGACUUCAAUGAAGAGGACAUACAUGACAUCACCGAGGAAAUGGGAGACUGUAGGGCAGCGAAUGCCGUCGACCGAAAUCAUCCUUCUCACCAGACUUUUCAGGAGGCUUCUGGAAACCAUAUUCGCCAACAGCUUUCACGGGAUAGAGCGACGAGAAAACAAAGUGCAAAAUUCUCUGGCGCCAUGGCUCCUCCAGCAAAUCAACCACAAUACCCUUGGACAAGUGAUGUGAAAAGGACGCUGAAGGAUAGGUUCCGCCUGCGGGGGUUCCGCCCACACCAACUUGAGGCCAUAAAUGCAACCUUGAGCGGCAAAGACUGCUUCGUGCUCAUGCCCACGGGUGGCGGAAAGAGUCUCUGUUACCAGCUGCCUGCUGUUGUACAGAGCGGUAAGACCGCCGGCGUGACCGUCGUUAUAUCCCCUCUGAUCAGUUUGAUGGAGGAUCAGGUCAAUCACUUGAAAGCACUGCACAUCCAGGCUUUCUACAUCAAUGCAGAGAUCGGCCAGGAGCAACGGCGUUUUAUUAUGAACGCGCUAUCAGAGCCACAAGUGGAAAAAUUCAUUCAGGUCUUGUACGUCACGCCGGAGAUGCUGAAUAAAAGUCAAGCCGUGGUCAACGCGUUGCGGGAUCUCCAUCGCCGCCAGCGCCUUGCUCGAAUUGUAAUCGACGAAGCGCACUGCGUCAGUCAGUGGGGUCAUGACUUUCGACCCGAUUACAAAGCUCUGGGGGAAGUUCGCCGUUUGUUUCUUGGAGUGCCGGUUAUGGCACUGACGGCAACGGCAACGGAAAACGUCAAGGUUGAUACUAUUCACAAUCUUGGAAUCCAAGGGUGUGAGGUAUUCGCUCAGAGUUUCAACAGACCUAAUUUGUACUACGAAGUGCACACCAAAGGCAAACGCGAGGACAUCCUUCAGAAUAUUGCCGGGAUCAUCAAGACCAAAUUCCGCGGACAGUCCGGCAUUGUGUACUGCAUGGCGAGGAAGAAGUGCGAACAAAUCGCCGAGCAACUGCGAGAAAAGUACGGUAUUUCUGCACAGCACUAUCAUGCCGGAAUGGAGGCGGUGCAGAAAUCUGAGACGCAGAAGGCGUGGCAGGCCAACAGGUACAAAGUGAUCGUCGCUACAAUCGCCUUCGGCAUGGGCAUUGACAAGCCAGACGUUCGAUUCGUAAUCCACCAUAGUAUACCCAAGAGCCUGGAGGGCUAUUACCAAGAGACUGGACGCGCUGGGCGUGACGGAAAGCGAUCCGGAUGCUACCUUUUCUAUGGCUAUCACGACACCAUCUUUCUCAGGAAGAUGAUCGAAGAUGGCGACGGAGACCGGGAGCAGAAGGAAAGACAGUAUGCCAUGCUCCGAAACGUUGUCCAGUUUUGCGAGAACAAGGCAGACUGCAGAAGAGUCCAGGUUCUGGCGUACUUCAACGAGGCUUUCAAACCCGAGGAUUGCGAUGCCCAGUGCGAUAACUGCAACUCUACCAUCACUUUUGAGAACCGCGACUUCACCGACCUCGCUGCUCAGGCCAUCAAUCUGGUUGGAAGGAUCCAGAAAGAAAAUGUGACGCUCUUGCAUUGUGUCGACGUCUUUCGAGGCUCGGCUUCCAAAAGAAUCAAGGAACUCGGCCAUGACUCCUUCACAGAGUACGGCGUGGGUUCCGAAUUGGACCGUGGAGAUGCUGAGCGUCUCUUCCAGCGGCUGGUCAGCGAGGAUGCACUCGAAGAAAAAAACCACACCAAUCGGGCUGGAUUUACAGCACAGUACAUCAAGCUUGGUAAGAACUUUCGUAUUUUCCAGGCUCGCAAGAAGCCGAUCCAUAUUCACGUUCAGGUCUCGGCACGGCAAGAGAAGGGCAAAAAGACCAAGACCGUUGCUACCAAGCGCAAAGGUACUGGGGUUGCAGCUGCACGGGACGAAUUUCCUUUCUCGACAAACGUCUCAUCUCCUAUCCAAAUGGCGUCACGCACGAACCGCAAAGCCCGUGUGGUCGACAUGGAUGACGACGACGAUGGUUUUGUGAUAGACGAUGAGGCUGAAGACGAGUCGGAAGGUUUUGAGGCACCGCCACAACCGAAACCUAAGAUGAUCGCCAAGAGCAGCAGGAAUCCUCGGCAAAAGCUUGGUGCGCCCAUCACGAUGGAUGAGAAGAUGGCUGCGCUGGAUGAGUUGCACCAGGACGUGGUCGAAGAAUUCGUGCGAGAGGGUCGAAGCGAAUGCCAGAAAAUCCUGAUAGCACGGAACCUCCGAUCGCAUCCGUUUACCGAUACGAUGCUUCGGGAAAUGGCAAUCAGCUUCCCGGCGACACCGAAAGAGCUGAUGAGCAUACCCGGUGCGGAUGCGCAGAUGGUGGCGCUCUAUGGGGAGCGGUUCCUGAAGCUGGUCAAGCGGUUCAAGAACAGUUUCGAGUCGAUGACUGGGCAACAAUUGCAGCGGGCAGAGAGGGUGAAGGACCCCAAUCACGAAAUCAUUGAGAUUAGUGACGAAGACGGAGAGGACGACGAUUCAACGCUUGAGAACGAACUGGAACUGGACGCCGAGGAGUCUUCAGAGGAAUGCUGGAGUUCGUACUUCAGCAAGCAGGAUGCCGAUCCCGAAGUUGAGGCUUUCAAUGCGCGCUUCAGCCAAGCUCAAACGUCGGCAAGACCCACCGCGGCGGCACCAGCAGCUGGCCGGACGGCGCGGCCUGCAACGGGUGGCCGGAGAUAUUCGUCGGGCAAAAAGCCAUACUAUCGAAAAGGAUCGCGGAGCUCGACGGGCGGAUACAGCCGUAGCCGAAGCGGUACAGGCAACACGAAGAGGGCGACGAGCAAAAGGCGAAAUGGCGCAGGUGGGUCUUCAAAAUCGUCGAGGAUGGGAGGUGGGGGUAGUGCUGGGAUUGCAGCGAUGCCUACGUGA